UUCCUCCAAUUCCUCAAGAAGAUGAAAGAAAAGUUCUUCCUGAAAAAAGAGUCAACAUAAUUUCUCAAUUCUUUUUUUUAUGGAUGAAUCCCCUUCUUGUGGUAGGUUAUAAAAGAACAUUGCAAUAUGAAGAUUGCUUCAAAAUGGAUGACGAGGAAAAGGUUGACAAAUUGUAUCAAACCUUUGUUGGUCAUCUUGAAAGAUUGAAAAACGGUGAUAAAAAGGUCACAAAAAUGAUGCUUUUAAAAGCGUUGCAUAGUACCUUGAUUUUUGAUACAUGGACCGCGUUACUUAUCAAAGUUGCCAGUGACGUUUCGACCUGCUGUGCCCCUUUGUUGCUAAAGAAACUCACCGACUUUGUUGAAUUCUCCACGUUGGACGAUAACGUUUACUAUGGUAGAGGUGCUGGCUAUGCUGUUGGAGUUGCUUUAUUGAUUACCUUUGGAAGUCUCACAAUCAAUUAUUCCUUCUACCGAGCAACAGUUUUGAGUUGUAAAGUGAGAUCCAUUUUGACAAGAUCGUUACUCGAAAAGUCAUUCCAUAUCAAUGCACACGGAUUUCAUAAAUUUCCUUCCAGUCGUAUCAACUCUAUCAUGAGUACCGACUUGAGCAGGGUUGAUUUGGGAUUAACGAUGACUAUAAUUGUUUUGUUCUCCGUUGUUCCAAUUGCCAUCACUAUUGCAUUGUUGAUUGUUAACAUUGGAGUUUCAGCAUUAGCUGGGAUUGCAUGUUUUUUUAUUGUCUUUGUUAUCCUUGGUGUCUCAUUCAAGUCUUUAGUCAAGUUGAGAAAGAAGGCUUCAGUCUAUACGGAUAUUCGGGUAAAGUUGACAAAGGAAUUUUUGACAAAUUUCAAGAUGAUAAAGUUUUAUAGCUGGGAAAAUUCUUACAGAGAACGUAUUGAGGAUGCUAGGAAAAAAGAAGUGAAGUUUAAUUUAUCAAUGCAAUUUAUUAAGAACUUAUUGAUGUCUAUUGCGUUAGGUUUACCAAAUCUUUCUUCGAUGGUGGCGUUUUUGACGAUGUCCAGGGUUUCUCCGCAAAGAACUUCAGGUGACAUUUUCUCCUCGUUCGCCUUCUUCCAGAAUAUAUCAACUAUUUUUUUCCAGCUUCCUAUGGCCAUCGGUGGUGCUGCUAAUGUUAAGGUUGCAUUUCAAAGAGUUGCAGAUUUCCUAUCAUGUGACGAUAUUGAUCUCAAACAAUUUGAGUUGAAACUACUUGAAGAUGAAAAGAUCUCCAUACAAGCAAGUGAAUGCGACUUUGAGUGGGAAACUUUUGAUGACGAAGAAGAGGAGGAUGAUAGUGAUGGUGAUAAAAAAAGUGACAAAAAGUCAAAGAUCAAGAACAAAGAGAUGAUAAAAGUUGAGACCAAAGAUUCAGCUUCGAGCUCUUUUGAGGUUAGCAGCACCACUAACCAAAAAGCUAUUUUCAGUGGCUUGAAGAAUGUAAAUUUCCAGAUAGCAAAAGGAGAAUUUGUUGUUGUUGCCGGUUCAGUUGGCACGGGUAAGUCAUCUUUAUUGUGUGCUUUGUCGGGAUUCAUGAAGCGUACAAAGGGUGAACUUUCAGUGAGUGGUGAUUCGAUUUUAUGUGGACGGCUCUGGAUCAAAAACGAUACAAUCAGAGAAAAUAUUUUGUUUGGUUUACCAUAUGACUCAAUCAGGUAUCAACAAAUAAUUGACGUAUGUUGUCUACAACCUGAUUUCGACCAGUUUGCAGGUGGCGAUCUUACCGAAGUAGGUGAGAGGGGUAUAACGUUGUCGGGUGGUCAAAAAGCAAGAAUAUGCCUGGCAAGAAGUGUCUAUGCUGACAAAGACAUCAUUUACUUGGACGAUGUCCUAAGUGCAGUAGAUGCCAAAGUUGGAAAGCAUAUUGUUGAAAAAUGCAUAUGUGGUUACUUGAAAGGUAAAACAGUUGUUUUGGCCACUCAUCAGAUUAACUUGGCGGAGAAAGCAGAUAGAAUGAUUUUUUUGAAUGGAGAUGGGACCCUUCAAAUAGGUAAGCUUGAUGAGCUGAAAGCAAAUUACCCUUCAGUUUCCAGCUUUUUUGAGAAAGUUUCUGCUGAAAAGAGGAAGGAGCCAGAGGUUCGGGACAUUGAGACGCAGCAAGCUGUAAAACAGGUCGAUGUUCCUAAUAACAGCGGCAAUAAUGAAAAUGGCAUUGUUAGAAUAAUUGGCGAUGAAGAAAAAGCUGUGAAUGGACUAGCCUUUUCGGUUUACAAAACAUACUUUAACCUGGGUGUUGGCGUUUUCAAGAUGUCAUUUCUUCCACUUUUCAUUUCUUUGGUUGUUUUAUCCACUUUCACAACUUACUUUUCAAAUGUAUGGUUGGCAUACUGGAUUGAAAAACAUUUUGCUCAUAGAUCAUACGGAUUCUAUUCUGGUAUUUACAUUCUAAUGAAUAUGAUGUUUGUGAUCUUGAUCGGUGGUGAAUUUAUUAUGUUGGGUUAUUUCUGCGUCACUGCGGCCAAGAAAUUGAAUUUAGGAGCAAUGAGAAGAAUUUUGCAUGCACCGGUUGUUUUCAUGGAUAUCUCUCCACUUGGUAGAGUCUUGAAUAGAUUUACCAAAGAUACCGAUGUUUUGGAUAAUGAAAUUAUUGAUCAAAUGAGAAUGGCAAUCUAUCCAAUAGGAAUGAUGGUUGGUGUGUUUAUUUUGUGCAUAAUCUAUUUGCCAUGGUUUGCCAUUGCUAUUCCAAUAUUGGUUUUCUUAUACAUUUUUAUCACAGUUUAUUACCAGGCUUCAAGUAGAGAGCUCAAAAGAAUCGACGCUCUCAGACGCUCGUUAGUUUUCACUCAAUUCAAUGAAUCAAUAGAAGGUAUGGAGACGAUUAAAGCAUACAAUAGGAAAUCAUACUUUGUUACUAGACUAAACACCUUAAUGGAUAACAAUAAUGAGGUAUAUUUCCUAACAUGGGCAAUCCAGAGAUGGUUAGCAGUUAAUUUUUCUCUCCUUACACUCGUUUUUAUUUUAGUCAUCUCCUUGCUAUGUUGUUUCAGAGUUUUCAGUAUCAGUGCUGCCGAUACCGGAUUAUUAUUGAGUUAUGCCAUCACCAUUCCAAGUUUCUUACAGUUGGCCGUCCGUUGUCUUGCACAAAUCGAAACAGAGUUUAACUCAGUGGAAAGACUUGACUACUAUGCAACUGAGAUGGUGCAAGAAGCAGCUUAUGAGAUUCCAGAGAACGAUCCACCUGCGAGCUGGCCGCAAUAUGGCCAGAUCGAGUUCACAAACGUCAGUUUGAAGUACAGGCCUGAACUUCCUUAUGUCAUUAAAGAUCUCAAUCUAUCUUUCAAAGGAGGAGAAAAAGUUGGUUUCUGUGGAAGAACUGGAGCGGGAAAGUCUACGUUCAUGACAUGUUUGUACAGACUAACGGAAUUCGAAGGAGCUAUAACCAUAGACGGCAUCGAUAUCAGUCAGCUAGGUUUGCACAAAUUGAGAAGCAAUAUGACUAUUAUUCCGCAAGACCCUGUGUUGUUUGUGGGGAAUAUCAGAUCUAAUUUGGAUCCAUUCAAUGAAUACGAUGAUGAUACCUUGUGGAAUGCUUUGGUCACUUCGAACUUGAUCGACGAGAGCGAGCUUGCUACAGUUAAGCCACAAACGGCAGAAGACAAGAAUUUUCAUAAAUUCCACUUGGACAGGGAUGUUGAAGAUAACGGCUCCAACUUCUCAUUGGGUGAGAAACAGCUAAUCGCAUUGGCCAGAGCUGUUGUUCGGAAAACAAAAAUCUUAAUUCUUGAUGAAGCCACCUCCAGUGUCGACUACAUCACAGACGACAAAAUCCAGAGUGCAAUUGCAACCCGAUUCAACGACUGUACGGUGUUAUCCAUUGCCCAUCGGUUGAAGACUAUCUUAUCAUUUGAUAAGAUUGUGGUCAUGGAUAACGGCGCAGUGGUUCAGUUUGGUGAACCUAAAGAACUUUUCGACGACAAGAGUGGGUUAUUCAGAUCAAUGUGUAAUCAGUCUGGAAUUGACGAGAAUGAUUUUAUCUGACGUACCUAGUAGCUGUGUAUAGUUUUAUAGCCAUUUUUAUUACCUCAUAAUAUUUCCAUUGAUUCUUGUG